GUUGCUCUGUCGCUUGGCUCGUGCCCACCGCCUCCCGAUCCCGACUAGCGUUUCAUGGCGUGGUGUGGAGCCUUGUGGUGGCAUUUUCCGUUGGUGGGAUUGGAGAUUUUAGUGUGAUUUUGCUCUGCUACUACUUUUUUGUUUGGUUCUCCUCCUCCUCUUCUUUUUUUCACUACGCAACUUAUACCUCCAAAAUGUUUUUCUAAAUACUAUGACUUUACGACGUUCUUCUUUUUCUUUAUUAUAAUAGCUGGGUGUUCUUGUUUUACUUGCAGAGAUGGAGUCUUCGAGGAUCUUCAUCAAGGGUUUGCCGCCCACGAUCUCGGAGGAGGAGUUCAGGAAGCACUUCUCCUCCAAGCAGGCCAUCACAGAUGCGAAGCUGAUCCCACAUCGGCGCAUUGGAUAUGUCGGGUACAAGACGCCCGAGGAUGCCCAGAAGGCCGUGAAGUACUUUAACAAGUCCUUCAUUCGCAUGUCCAAAAUCGGUGUCGAGAUGGCAAGAGCUAUCUCUGACACAACUCUACCCCCGUCAAGGAAGGUACAGAGAGAGACCGAGAGACAGGCCCAGCAGGAGCGACAAGAGCGCGCUGCUGCAAAAGCGGCUGCCAUCGCCGACAUCCCCUCCCUGAAACGGAAGCGGGCAGAAGCCGAUGCUGCCGACCCGAAGCUCCAAGAGUUCCUCGAGGUCAUGCAGCCGGGCUCGAAAUCAAAAGCGUGGACUUCAAAGGAUGGUAUCGAGGAGCCGCCGACGAAGAUGCAGGCCAUCGAACUGCCUGAGGAGGAGAGUGACGAGGAGUACGAGAUCGUCCCGAAGAAAGCCCGGAACGCAUCACGCGAGCCGAGUCCUGCUAAAGUGGCUGCCCCACUUGCUGUCGCUCCCGUGGCAGAAGUGGUUGAUGCCACCGAGUUGGCAGAUGAGAUACCAGCUAUUGGCGCUGCUGAAAUGCAGCCCAGUGUUGGACUCGAUGCCACUGAUGAUGAUUGGCUUCGGUCUCGGACGAGUCGGCUGUUGGACCUAGUCAAACCUGAGGAUAUGGUAGUUGACGAAGGCGUCCCUACUGUUUCUAAGGCUGUUCAGGCCACAGAAACAGCGGAACCUUCUGCAUCUACUGAAGAUGUCGCGAUGGAAGACGCUGAUAAGCCUAUCAGCGACAGCAUCGCUGUUGUGCCGGAAGUGGGAAGCUCAACUGAUGCUACUAUGGACGCAAUUCGAGAAAACGGUAGAUUGUUCGUGCGAAAUCUUCCGUAUACAGCCACUGAGGAUGAACUCCGAGUUCAUUUUGAGAAAUAUGGCGCGCUUGAAGAGAUCCAUCUCCCACUGGACGCCUCGGGGGCCAGUAAGGGCUUCGUUCUUGUGCAGUAUGAAGAUCAUGCUGCAGCGGCAGAGGCGUUUCACAAUGUUGACGGGGAACCGUUUCAAGGCCGCCUGCUGCAUAUUCUGCCUGCAGCGGCGAAAAGAGACAAGAAGCUUGAUGAAUUCGAGAUCGCCAAACUUCCCCUCAAGAAGCAAAGGUUAAUCAAGAAGAAAGCCGAGGCUACCUCUAGCGCCUUCAACUGGAAUUCUCUGUACAUGAACCAGGAUGCAGUCAACUCCUCGAUCGCCGAUCGUCUUGGUGUCUCAAAGUCAGAGCUUCUUGAUCCUACCUCGGCAGAUGCAGGUGUCAAGCAAGCUAUUGCGGAGACAUCGGUUAUUCAAGAAACGAAGGCUUAUUUUUCCAAUAAUAACGUCGACCUGGACGCAUUCAAGAAGCGCGAGAGAGGCGAUACCACAAUUCUGGUGAAAAACUUCACAUACGGCACAUCAAUUGAUGAAAUAAGGAAGAUGUUCGAGGAGUUUGGUUCAGUAAUCCGUGUACUGAUGCCACCUUCGGGGACAAUUGCCAUUGUCGAGUUUGCUCAGGCCCCUCAAGCCAGGGCGGCGUUUGCAAGUCUUGCGUACCGUCGUAUGAAAGACUCUGUAAUUUACCUGGAGAAGGCACCGAAAGACCUGUUCACUCAGCCUGCAAAUGUUGAAAUUAAGAAUGUAACCAACGAUGCCAAAAGCACAUCGAUCGAUGCCAAGCUCUCGGUAUCCGAUCUGCUGGGACCGGAGAGUGCCCAAACUGGUGCGGACACAAGCACUCUUUUCGUUCGCAAUCUUAGCUUCAACACCACUUCUGAUCGCCUGACGGAGACAUUUAAACCCCUAGAUGGGUUUAUGUCUGCACGGGUCAACACUAAGACAGAUCCGAAAAAACCUGGUCAAGUGCUGAGCAUGGGUUUCGGAUUUUUAGAGUUCAGGAGUAAAGCACAGGCCGCCGCCGCCCUCAAGGUUAUGGAUGGUCAUAGCCUUGAUGGUCACAAUCUCACAAUUAAGGCGUCCCACAGGGGCGUCGAUGCUGCAGAGGAGCGAAGGAAGGAAGACCGUGCCAAGAAGUUGGCAGGUAAGCGCACCAAGAUUAUUGUCAAGAACUUGCCGUUCGAGGCAAGCAAGAAAGACAUCAGGACUCUUUUCGGGACCUAUGGUCAACUACGGUCGGUUCGGGUGCCUAAGAAAUUUGACAACACGGCUCGCGGUUUUGCUUUCGCGGAGUUUGUGACAGCUCGCGAAGCGGAGAAUGCCAUCGAGGCGUUGAAAGACACUCAUUUACUGGGUAGGCGGUUGGUAAUCGAGUUUGCGGCUGAGGAUGCCGUCGACGCGGAGGAGGAGAUCGAGAAGAUGCAGAAGAAGGUUGGAAAGCAGGUGAACAAGGUAGCCCUGCAAAACCUGACAGGGGGCGGACGAAAGAGGUUCAAUGUGGAAGAUGGCGCUGGGGAGGAGUGAGUCCUGUGCUACAAAUAAAUCAAAAUAUUGAGCAAUCGGAUCCGGUUGCGGCCGCCGCACAAAUAAAGUUGGUCUGUGAUGUUCUUUAUGGUGUUCGAAAGAACAAAGCGUUGUGUCGUACAGCUUACAGGCACAGCGGCUGAGUAAUAUGUGAUGAACAUACUCGACGCCUUCGGAGCAUUGCCCUGAAAUGUCGAAGGCGUAUGCGUUUCAGAAUAUUAUCCUAGCAGGAAAUGCAAAGGUGGGGGGGUCACACGGAAGGCAAUCAUAAACGGUGAUGGCUGUACCUUGACUCGGAAUGUGUUUUUGGUCAACCUGUCAACAAAGGCGGUUCGAGAGAUAUCGGGCGCUGCCUACCAUAGUAGUACAGUCUCAUGAUCGAAAUUGUUGCUCAUGCCAUCAGACGGAACAUCCUAGAUCCCUCCCGCAUCAGUCAUCUAAUAUGACAAGUCUAUUGUGAGGCCCUACCUAGUCUCAACCUGCCUGAUGAGGAGUGUUUUACGGUGCACCUUUUGGUCUCACAUCAGGAUUGAGGCUCUGGCUUGUCCUGGCCAAAAUAAAAUUAGAUAUUAGAGCACCAAUUCAUAGAAGGCGUAGACAUGAACUGAAACGUUCCCCCUACCUCAUGCAUGGAAGACUGUUUUCAGAUAUAAUGGCUAAUGCGUGUGUAUCCUUUAUUUGUACUCUAUACAUAUAACAUAGAAGCAUCCCUCAUCCCUUGUUUGUUGCCCCUCAAUUAUACCCCUUGACUCCCUGCCCUCCAACGUUCCUGAUAGGCCGCAAUACUACAAGAGGCAGACCAAGGUAAGGGAGCU